AUGUUAGAGCGGCAGGAUGUGUGAUUCUUGGUUUCUGUUUCUGUGUCUGCAGUCCCUCCAGUGCUGUCGGUGUUCCAGCAGUCCUUCAACGCUACAGCUGACUACCAGGAAUCGGUCACGUUUACGUGCAUCACUUCUGGAUCCCCUGAGCCACUGGUCACCUGGCACAGAAAGGGGCAGCAGCUGGAGCCGUCAGAAAAGUACAUUUUUAGCAAGCUGGAAGGCAGCCGCAGCAUGCUUACCAUCCGCAACAUCCGCCAGUCUGACGGAGGAACCUUCUCCUGCAAGGCCUCCAACAAGGCGGGCUCUCAGGAAAGAGAGCUCUUCCUCAAGGUGUUCGUCCAGCCCCAUAUCACCCAGCUAAAGAACGUGACAGCCGUGGAGGGCAGCGCUGCCAUGAUCUCCUGCGUCGCUGAGGGCGAGCCUCUGCCUGACAUCUCCUGGAGGAGAGCCAGCGACGGCCAGACCUUCGUGGACGGAGACAAGAGUCGAGAUGGACGGUUUGAAGUCCGUGGUCGUCAUGGGAAAUCUGUGCUGACAAUCAGCGGCGUAAAGCUCAGUGAUCUUGGACGAUUUGACUGCGAGGCACAAAGCAGGAUAGGAGGCCAUCAGAAGAGCAUGUUUCUCGACAUUGAGUAUAUCCCCAAAUUUCUGACCAACCACACUAUUUAUUACUCAUGGGAAGGGAACCCAGUGAACAUAAGCUGCGAAGUGAUGUCCAACCCACCCGCCACCUUGCUUUGGAGGAGGGAGCGUUUCACCAUAUCAGAGGAAACGCCUCACAUGCAUAUCUAUGGCACAGAGGGCAGGAAGUCUGUGCUGGAGGUGACUCCAAUGUCUGACAGAGACUUUGGCCGGUACAACUGCACCGCCCGAAACAACAUUGGAGUUCGGUACCAGGAGUUCAUUCUGGCGCAGGCAGAUGUUCCCUCGAAUCCAUACUCCGUCCGCCUGUCGGCUGUGUCCCAACGCUUGGCGACCGUCACCUUCAUGAAGCCGGACUCUCACGGUGGCGUUCCCAUCAGCUACUACCUGGUCCAGUACAGAGAGCUGGGCUCCAUGGACUGGAGGGAUGUGAAGUCGCACAGUGUGCAGACCACCGUGGUGCUGACUGGCUUGGAGCCCAACACGACGUAUGAAGUCCGAGUGGCGGCCGUGAAUGGGAAGGGUCAGGGGGAGUUCAGCCACACAGAGACCUUCCAGACCCUACCCAUCCGAGAACCGAGUCCACCUGCGGUCCACGGGCAGAGAGGUGUUGGGAAGGCCUACAGGCUGGGGCUGGUCAAGCAGGACGAUGGGGGGAUGCCCAUUGUGGAAUAUAUCGUCAAGUACAAAACAGACAAAGAGGAACAGUGGAUGACCAAACUGGUUCCAGGAGCAAAUGACUUUGCGAUGCUGCAGCCGCUGCAGUGGAACACGAGAUAUGAGGUGGAAAUCACAGCCCGCAAUGUGAAGGGCCUAUCGGAACCCACCUUCUAUCAGUUCUUCAUGCCACAGAAGCCUGACAUUACAGCAGAAUCCCUGUUCAGCGGCAUGGGGCUCGGAGCAGUGGUGGGCCUCGGCCUGGGAGCGCUUCUCCUCCUCCUGGUGCUGGUGGAUGUCAGCUGCUUCUUCCUGCGUCACUGCGGCCUGCUCAUGUGCAUCACGCGCACGCUCUGCAGCAAGAAAACGGCCACCAGCGGCAAGGGCAAAGAAAUGGAGGAGGGCAAGGCAGCUUACCUGAAGCUGCCGCUGAAGGAAGAAAAUGGCAAAGAGUCUCUCAAGCCGGAUACGAUUGAAAUCAAAGUGCACAGUGACAACAGCAUCCACAUAAAGCCAGACGACAGCAAAGCAUAAAAUGU